AUGGCACCACCCAACAAGUUGUUAUUACUGCUGCCACCUGGUUGGUUCGAUGCCAACACUGGACUUGAGUUGACAUUUGCAGCCGACCCAAUGCUCAAAGAUGUUGUAGGUGGUGGUUUUGCGUUUGCUUUACUCUUCCAAGCCAUCGAUAUCAAUGUCUAUAUAUUCUGGUUCUAG